AUCUUUGGUUCUGAAAAGUCCUGCUUAUGGGUUUUUUUUCCCCCAAUCAGCAAAGACAAUUAACUAAAACUACCUACGACUACCUUGACUAUCCAUAACUACAUGGCAACCCCACUACAACUGCACCUACGACUACAGGAUUAUCGAUUUUCUCCAUGGCGACCAAUUUAUGGGUGCAGAAAAGUCUUCAACAUGUUGAAAAAUUUGCAGCGACCAUACUGAGGCCGUGACUAGUUCCGAGAAUGCAGGAACUCCUUGCGACCAUAAAGGAGACUUACCAGAGACCAUCAGCGAACAUGUGGCGAGUGCAGAGUCUCCGUCACUCGCCUAAAAAGUCACCUAAGUGGGACACGCCCGUUACGAUAGUGGCAUUUAAGAGGCUGUUGGAUAGGCACAUGGAUAUGCAGAGAAUGGAGGGAUGUGGAUCAUAUGCAGGCAGAGUUUAUGUUGGCAUCAUGUUCAGCACAGACAUCAUCUGUUCCUUCGCUUCUGAAGCUAAAUUUAUCAUUAAAAAAAUCUCCAGACUUACGAGUGGUGUGUGGAAAAGUAAGUUUCUAUCAUUACGCUAUUGAGAUGUAUAUUUUGGCAAAUAAUAAAAUGUCCUGACAGCUUAAACACCCACUCCCUUUCAAUAGGAUAUUGUCAAUUUGCUGAGGUUUGCUGUGUCCAAUUAACAGCUAACAAUUAUGCCAUUGGCUUGCAUCUGAGUAAAAUGUAAUUCAAAAUUGUUAAUGAUACAUUUUGCUUCAGAGGCGUUUUCUUUUUGUAUGUAAAAACCCACUUGAGAACCAUGGGAUAUUUUAAAAUUUUACAGCCAGAUUUAUCACUUCUGAAAAUUUCUACAUGCCAAAGGAAUCAAGAAAAAACACAAAUAAUGCCUUGUUGUUGAUGAAAUGUAGUGAGCAAAUGCGAUAAUUCCCAAUAUUCUCGAUAUCUGCACGGCCAAUGUUCGCCAAGCACUUUGGCUGUUGUUGUCCCUUCAGCUCUCGCUUCUCUCUACCGUCAUUUCUCCUCACUUUUGGAAUUCUGAAGUGGGAUAAAUGUCUCUCACGCCUACCCCGAUUUCCAUAAUUAUUUACAGCGGAAAAAUCGACUAUUUCGUCGGGUUUUAACGGGCCCAAUGCGCUGGAAACAAUGGUGUUUACCUGCAGUUUACCGCGUGUACUCCACUUGGCGUAGCGUAGCAACAGUACGGGCCGUGACCUCGACUGCCGUGCAACCUCCCUAUUCAAUGUUUCUGGAACUUUCGUUGGAGUUCUGAGGGAGGGGAGCCGGGCGGCCUCUACACCUGGUCGCUGGCGCCGUGUUCGCUGUGUUCGCUGUGAGCAUCGACGAGCUCCCACCGCUUCUUCGCGCUUCGGACCAUGGCAACGGGUCGGCGGGGAGCUUGGUUAAUGUAGUCCCGGGGCAUCGUGGCGGCCGAGCGAGAGGAGCCGGAGACGGGGCAAGGAAGAAGCGGAAGCGGGGGUUUAGAGGGGUAAAACGACUCCAAAUAAGCAGCGCGACGGAGGAGGCCGCGGGCUUCGGGCCGUUGCCCGGGCAACGGCGGGAUGGAGCCCAAGGCCAGAGCCGAGGAUGAAGAUGUCAAGAUCACCGUCGAGCUGCUCAAGUCGACCACUGGGGAGUUUGAACUGGAGUCUAUUUUGUUCUUAAAGAUGACGAAAAUGAACAUCUGCAAUCUUGGAUGCAUUGGAGACUGUGUAAAUCUGGAGAGGCUGGACUUGUCGAGAAAUGAUAUCUCAAACCUCAAGCCCUUGGCAUCACUGAAACUUCUAACUGUGCUCAACUUGUCAGCCAAUAGAAUCUCCAAUCUCGAUCCUCUGUACUCCUGUGAAAAUCUGCAGAACCUCAACUUGGCAGGAAACCUAAUCAGCAGUGUGGAUGCACUUCGUUCAAUAACCAAGCUGAAGAAUCUGGAUAUGAUUCGACUGAAAGAUACAGUUUGCAGCUUUAGUAAUCCAGUGUGUAUGAAUACAUCAUAUCUGAACACUAUACUAGACAUGUUCCCAAACAUAAAGAUAUUAGAUGGAGAGAGAGUGUCAGGAAGGGGCAGUGAUUUGUACCGACUCUGUAAAGACAUUGAUGAUUCUCUGAAAGAAAUUGACAGCAUUUGUCCUAUCCAUGUAUCGGUCAGUCCGACAAAAUGGGUUGAGGACAGUUACUGGGAACUGAAACCAAUGCAGCAAACUCAGACUGAUAAAGCUUCUGAACAGUUUUUUGAACUUUUAAAAGAAUGCAGAGAGCUGAAGAGCAAGGCUGCUGAUGUCAUUACAAAAACCAAAACGAUGCCAAGGGCUGUGAAAUAAGCCAAUCACCUCUGACAAUAGUCGCUGCUACCUCCAGAAACCUGAGCAAUACUCAAACUGAAGCCACUGAUUAAUACAGACACCAGAGCCAACGUGCGUUUACCAUGAAACUGUUACGGAAACCAAAGAAUGGGCCAAACCCUCUGCAGACUGUUUUCGGCACAUUUCUACGUGGGUGGAAUAUUUGCCGUAGAAAGCCAUUAAAAAGCCAGACCUUAUCACCAGGGAAUAUAUAUAACUUGCUGCAUUGAAUUGGGUUUUACCAUCUCGCAUCCAGCAUACAAGUGCACCUGUUGAUAAGUUCUUAAAGCUUCUAAACCCUUGCACUAUCACUGUACUGACUAAUGUAGUAAUUAAUGCACUACGCAACUGUUAAAGUUUGAUAAUUUAACUGAAAUGCACCAACUAUUCACAGCUUGU